ACAAUCAGAUAGAUCUGCAAGUUCUCCUUGGCUCCUUGGGGAUAGCUGGUCUUUUGGGGCUGUUGGCCUCCCAUGCAGGACCUCAGAGCCCAUUGGCUGGAGGAUCUGGGACAGUGGACAACUGCAACUCAGCAGAGAACAAUCUCUGCGUAGAAACCACCAUUCUACUUUCCUCUCUGCUGCCUGAGACAACCACAUCCUCCUCACCCCAGACAGGCUCCAUGGAGAGCUCAGAUGUGGAGCUGGACUUCCAGAGAAGUGUGCAGGCUGUGCUCCGAGAGCUCAACACCCCAACCCCGGCACUCCAGAGUAAUCGCGGCAUGUGGAGAUGGUCUCUGCAUAAGAAGGUGGAGCGAGAUCCAGGAAAGAGCUCCAUCCUGGUCCGGAUUCUGCUCAGAGAGCUGGAGAAGGCAGAAAGGGAGGAUGUGCGGCGUGUCCUUAUUCCCUUGUUGCUCACGCUAAUGUACGUGCUCACUAAGGCCACAGGCGUCACGGAAGAUCUCUACCAUAGAGCUUACACCUUCUGCACCAGGCUGCUGACCCUGCCCGCCCCCUACUCGACGGUAGCCUUGGACUGUGCCAUAAGGCUGAAGACCGAGGCAGCCAUCCCAGGUACACUGUUCCAAAGGACUGUCAUUGCGGAGCAGAACCUGAUAAGUGAACUGUACCCCUACCAGGAGAGAGUGUUCCUGUUCGUGGACCCUGAGCUGGUUUCUGCCUCCGUGUGCAGCGCCCUGCUGCUGGAGAUUGAGGCGGCCCAGGAGCAGCAGACACCUGAGGCCUGCAUGCGCCAUGUGGUCUCUCACGCCCUGCAGGCAGCUCUGGGGGACGCCUGCCACACAGGUGCUCUGAACAGGAAGCUGCAGGCCAGCUCCCGUCGCGUCCUGGAAUACUAUUUCCACGCUGUAGUGGCUGCCAUAGAGCAGGUGGCUAGCGAGGACAGCCCCAGCCGGCUGGGACACCUGGAGAGACUCGAGGAGAUUUACUGCUCGCUGCUAGGGCCGGCGGCCGCAAGAAGGCGCUGCGUCGGUGACCUUCUUCAAGACCGACUGCCAAGCACCCCCCUGCCCAGCCCCUACAUCACCUUCCACCUGUGGACCGACCAGGAGCAGCUCUGGAAGGAACUGGUGCUCUUCCUUCGUCCCCGCUCCCAGCUGCGCCUCAGUGCUGACUUAGAGGCCUUGGAUCUACAAGGACUUAGGCCAGACAGGGACUUGGCCAGGGUGUCCACUGACAGUGGGAUUGAGCGAGAUCUUCCUUUGGGGAGUGACGAGCUCCCCGAUUCCAGCAGCUCAGAGAUGGAGCGGGCUGCACUGCAGCGCAAGGGGGGCAUCAAGAAGCGUGUGUGGCCCCCGGACUUCUCCAUGCCUGGCAGCUGGGAUGGACCCCCAGGGUUGCAUCGGAGGACCGGCAGGCCCAGUGGGGACGGGGAACUACUGCCUGGAGUCUCCAGGGUGCAUACAGCCCGUGUGCUCGUGCUGGGAGACGAUAGGAUGUUGGGUCGCUUGGCCCAGGCUUACUACAGACUCAGGAAACGGGAAGCCAAGAAGUUCUGCCUCACUCCUAGACUCAGCCUGCAGCUCUACUACAUCCCUGUGCUGGCGCCUCAGGUGACUGGACAGGGAGGGUCAGGGCCAAGGGGACCAUGGAAACAUCUGGAAGGGUCAAGAGCAAUGGUCUCAUCAGAGAAGAGAGGGAAGGGUGGGGACCGCUGGCAGCCUGGCUUCCUGGCUCAGGGUCGAGAACAUGACCUCAGCAUGCAAUUUCCUCAUUACUUACAUCCUCGAGCAGCUAGCACACCGCUUCACGGCUCACAGCCUGGAGGUGAGUGGCUGCUGAAGACACUGCCUUGCUCCUUACAGCCUCCCUGCUUAGACACAUCCCGGACUGUGGACCCCUUUAUCCUGGAUGUCAUCACUUACUAUGUUCGCAUGGGCACCCAACCCAUCUAUUUUCAGCUCUACAAGGUUAAGAUCUUCACCAAUCUGAGUCAUGACCCUACAGAGGACAUUUUCCUCACGGAGCUGAAGGUGAAGAUCCAGGACUCCAAGUCCCCCAAAGAGGGAUCUUCACCCCGAAGGAAGGGGACAGCUGAAGGCACAGGAGCUGAACUGUCUGUGUGCUACCAGAAGGCCCUGCUCAGCCACAGGUCCCGGGAGGUCACUGCUUCUCUGCGGGCCACCGGCCUGGUCCUGAAGGCCAUUCCAGCCGGUGACACUGAAGGGUUCUCCCACUUCACCUCACCAAAUGCUGCUUCUGCUGCAAACUGCACGUGUCUGCAUGUCAGUGUGAUGGAGGUGGUCAAGUCCUCCAAUCUUGCAGGAAGGUCGUUCACUACAGCGACAAACACCUUUCGGACAUCCAGUAUCCAAGUCCAGAGCCAAGACCAGAGGCUGCUGACGCUGUGGCUGGACAAGGACAGCCGGCGCACUUUCAGGGAUGUGGUCAGAUUUGAGGCUGGCCCCUGCCCAGAGCCAUGUUCACGGUCUCAGAAAUCCAAGGUGGCAGGGUUCCAUCCACAUGGGCAGGAGAGAGAAAAGAAUACAGCCAAAUCCAGUCCUCUUCUGAUGCCCAUCAACACAUUCUCUGGCGUCAUCCAGUGAGCCUGAAGGAUAAUAGAAGGUCUGGAUCAGAGGCAGCAGACCCAGGACGAAAGAAACACUACCUACCCACCCAUAACACUCAGACCGACAGCUCACUGAGCUGCUCUGCUUGGACCAGGAGCCAGGAAAGCCUGGGAGGUGAGAGAUCCAGGAUUGUGAUGAAGAAGGACCCUUCCCAAGGCUGAUGGAUUGCCAGACAAGGCUGGGAUGAAAUGAACACAUGCUCACACAACCCGGCUUCUUCCAAAAUAUCAUUUUUGUGUUGAUGUUCAUUUCCCACUUCACAAGCUAUCUUCACCGCCAAUUUUGGCUCACUAGGGAGUCCUGAAAACCUAUGCCAAAGGGAUGGAGGUAUAGCUGGGUGGUUCAGUGGUAGAGCACUUACUUAGUACAUCGGAGGCCUUGGGCUUUCGGAGCUGAUGGGCACAAUUUUUGUACCGAAUCCUGUGACUGAGGAAGAAACAGGAAGGAAGGAAGGAAGGAAGGAAGGAAGGAAGGAAGGAAGGAAGGAAGGAAGGAAGGCUGUCCUGCUUCCUGCUGAGUCUGUACCAUCCUUUCCAGCUCUCAGGUCAUGGCUCACCCCUACUGAGGCAGGUCUGUCUCAGUAGAGAAGAGAAUGAUAGAAUCAAUAAAAGCACUCUAAAGUG